AAAAAGAAAUUUGCUGUAUUAUUUGAAACGAUUUGUUCUCAUCGAUGCAUAAUAUUACGAGAGUUUAUUUAAUCGAUAAGUUGACAUUUCAAAUUUAUAUUGAACAGAGGUCGCUGAUAAAGUUAUAAUUUAAUAACAUUGUUUUUAAGGUCUGUAAAAUACUCGUUGAUCAAAGUCUUUCAUAAUUUGUUCGGAUUAAUGCCGCAUACAGUAUAUUUACAAGCGUGGAACGGAAAGGGAAAUGUUAGUGGGGAGAGAUUUUAGUAUAUCGGAGGGGAUUAAGGGAACUCGAAAGUCUACGAGUUGUGUGACUCGGCUCACUACAGUUUUCGCUAUGGCGUGUAUAGGGUCGAGUAGGCUCUGUGCUCGUGCAGAGAAAUUGUGCCAGUUCGGACAUUUCGCCCAAUUACGGAGGAAAGUUUCAACAACAUGUGUCAAGUCACGACCCAGAAUCGAACAACCGACCAGUGCUUUGGUGCAACACUGUCAGAGUAGUACGAGCACGCGAGAUUGCGGGACGAACGUCGCGAGAAUGAUGAGUUCGAUGCAAACACAAUUGCCCGGCUCGUUGCAGGAUUAUCAAGUCGAUCCUUACCGACUCCUAGAAGACGACCUGAAAGAUAUCUACGACGAUAUACGAGAGGCACUCAUCAGGAACACGACGCAGAAGGAGCUGCAAACUAUAGCGACGUACUACUUCGACGGCAAGGGAAAGGCUGUGCGGCCAAUGGUAGCAAUUCUCAUGGCACGGGCUAUCAAUUACCACAAGGAAAGAAACGAUCUCUUAGCAUCGCAACGACAGGUGGCGAUGAUUUCCGAGAUGAUCCACAAUGCUUCUUUGAUACACGAUGACGUAAUCGAUCAGCCAGACUUUCGCCGGGGUAAACCUUCGGUCAACGUCGUUUGGAGUCAGAAGAAGGUUACAAUGGCGGGAGACUAUGUCCUGGCAGUCGCGUCCAUUAUGAUUUCUCAACUACGAAAUGACGAUGUUACCCUCACCCUUAGUCAGGUCGUAGCGGACCUGGUGCAGGGUGAAUUUAUGCAGCUCGGUUCGAAGGAGACGGAAAACGAGAGAUUCGCGCAUUACCUCACGAAAACUUACCGCAAGACAGCCAGUUUGAUCUCGAAUUCCUUGAAAGCUGUAGCCAUACUAGGGGGUGCUGAUGAGCAGAUGGCGGAAUUGGCGUUCCAGUAUGGUAGAAACAUCGGUUUGGCGUUUCAAUUAGUAGACGAUCUUCUGGAUUUUGUUUCUUCCCUGCCAACAAUGGGUAAACCUACCGCAGCGGAUCUUAAGCUUGGUCUUGCUACCGCUCCGGUUCUCUUUGCGUGUGAACGGUACCCAGAAUUGAAUGCAAUGAUCAUGCGUCGGUUUCAAGAGCCAGGAGACCCAGAAAGGGCGUUCGAGUUAGUGCACAAAUCCCAAGGUCUCGAUCAGACGAAAUUCUUAGCUCGAAAACAUUGCGUGGAAGCUGUGAAGCUCGCACAAUCUUUAGCCGACAGUCCGUACCAGAAAGGUCUGCAGGUGGUAUGCGAUUUAGUGUUGAAUCGUAUGAAGUAGCAUUGCAAGAAAUUACGACGAUAUUGGUAUGAAAGAGAGAAGCAAGAGACCAAACGUGUUGAGCGAAAAGUGGUAGUCGCGAAGAAUUAAUAAACGUUGGCCCCGAGACACGCCAACUAAUCAAAUAGCAUCGAACAAAGCAUAAUGGUACCUCUAAUGCAACAGAUUGCACCGAUCGUGAAGGUUAGAAUAACUGUGAAGUUGACUAUGUGUUCGAUUAAUUGUUAAACGAGGGUACUCGUAGUUUUAUUUAAACUUGUAUGUUUGUAACAUAAAAGUUUACGAUGUUAAUAUUAUCGCGAUAUUGUUAAUUCGAUGGAUAACGAAUGAUUAGCGGGGAAUUAUUUUUAUAAAUUUCACACGGAAAGAAAGAAGAGAAUUAUCAUGUUAAUGAUUGUCUGUAAGGCAAUAUCGAGGUACGAGUAACGUUAUCAUAACGUUUCUCUGUCUACGUGCAAGUUUAAACUAAUGAAAUACGGUGGAGUCUCGCUAUAUGGCCCCGCACGACGCUGAAGUAGCGUCCACCAAUUUCAUCAUCAAUAUUCUGACGUCAUAUGCAUGAUAGACAUCGCAAAUUUUAAAUUUAGUGAUUCGAAAUUAAAAAUUUGUAAAUCUGAAAAUUUUAGAAUUUUUAAAUUCAGAAGCGUUCUAUGGAGGUUAGUCAAUUAAAUAGAUGCCAUAUAGCGAGACUACUGUAUAAGUGUAAUAAGCGAGAAAUCGCUUAGCAAGUGCCUGGAUACAUUUUGCAAAGGGAGAGACGAAUCAUGCAGAAUACUGUAAAAAGACAAACGAUAACGUUUACUUCGCUCUAUAGUGCACAUAUUACCUGAUUUUUAUCGGUAUUGUCGUUAGCCAAUCAUAAGUGUAAAUAAAAUGACUUGUAGAAGUAGUUAUAUUGCAUUAGGAUUGGUGACUCCUUUUUGAUUGUUCUUUUAAUUGUUCUAUUUUAUAGUAUUAUACAGCGCAUCAAAUGGAAAGAGAAAAGAGAAAAAUGCUUCACGACAGUAUUAUAAUUGAUUGGUUUAAUCAAUUUUAUUUUUAGAAAUAUCUUGAUUAAUGCGGACAUAGUACUUCAACGCGAUAAUGAUAAUCAGCCAAAUAAUUUCUUCCUUUAAUAUGAGGUUAUGUAUUAUACAACUGAUAAAUGAACUAAAAUUUGAAUUCAUAAAAUUACAUAUCUGGUAUUUUAAAGAACAACAAUCGCAAGGGUACCAAUACUAAUUGACAGCAUAAUUUAAAAUCUCGUUUAAAGCGUGCGAAGAAUACCUGCCAAAGAAGGCUAUGUAAAUGGUCUUGAUUCUUCCACUUGUUUGAGAAAUAUUUUUUUUAACUUGUCAAAUGUAACAAGUGUUAUCUAUUACUGCAAAUUACAAAUCAUUGGAAUUGUUAGACUUUUAUAUCUUCAUAAUUUAAAAAACAAAGAAAAUGAAAGCGAAUUACCAUCUUCCUUUCAUAUUCUUGAAAAGAGAAGCUGCUCAAAAUAUUAUUUACUACAUAACUGAACAUAUAGGAAUAAAUGUAUAAUAACUUAUAUUUAUAACAUGAAUUAAUGUAUAUAAUUGCUCUGUAAGGUAACACAAAACACCGCUGUAAGAUUGUUAAUAAAACGAACAAAAAAAUGAUGCAAAAAUGUAAUUACGAUCAAACGGAUACGUGUUAGAGUAAGGAUACUCUAUUGGUACAGAGAGAAAAAGAACGAAUGAAGCACUCGAUCUACAUACUUAAAUUAUUGUUUAUAUUUCAUUUAUUUGGCGUUUUAUACAAAUUUUUGUUGCGACUUUUAAUGGUGUAUACAGUAACGUAAUGUAUAAAUACGGUGAAAGAAUGUAAUAUUUUUUACAUGUAAAGUACAUGUAAAUAUGUGAAUUUUUCGAAUGUCUAUAAUAGGGGAAAUUUAUCGAAUUCUAGUAUAACGGUUGAGUAACUCCGAUCGAUUAGCUUCAUUAUUACUGCAUUGUAAACUGGUAGGUUUCAUUUUGUUUGUUGUGUUGGGAACACUAAAUCCAUAUUAUAUAAUUUCUUUUUAAUAUAAAUGUUAUAUUACAAACUCAAAACGUAUCUUAUUCCUUUUAAGAUAAUUACGCGAGAUAUUGAACUCGAAAACAUUUGACAAAACUUAUUUCCAGUUCAGUAUCUCAGCGGAACUUAAAAUUUUUGUACAAUUUAUAUUAUUGAUAAUGUAAACUGUUAUUUCUGAUAAAAAAAACAAACAACACUAACAAAUUACGAUCAAAUUUAAUUUUUACGGAGAUAAAUAAAUGGAUAAAUUAUAUUGUUGUGCCAACACACUUAUUUUCUCUGCUAUUGUACGAGUAUACACCUUACGAUGACGUACUUCUUUUUAUUGACGUAAAAUUACAUUUAUCGUUUGAAAUAGAAAAAAGUGAAAACGGAAUUUCCUCUCUUUUUGUGACAAAAAUUUAUAGAUCAAAUAAAUGGAGAGUUCAACAUUA